AUGGAGGUAGCGGAAUUAGUGUGGAACUCUGUAUCACUGCCAAGACAGAGGUUUAUUAUGUGGCUAGCAAUGCAAAAUAAAUUGCUUACAAAGGACAGACUGUUGAGUAUGAACAUUCAGGUAGAUGACAUGAACUGUUGCCUGUGUCAAGCUGCAGUGUUAGUAGAGACAAACACACACUUAUUUGUGGAAUGUGAGUAUGCUGUCAAAGUGAGAGAUGCAUUAGUACAAUGGUCAAAAAUUUCAGUACUGGCAAGAGAUUUGAAGAUUACACUGGAGCUGAUCAAAUUGAAACAUUGGAGGAGGUUUAAAAAACAAGUGAUAGCUGCUGUUUUGGGAGCAAUGGUAUAUCACAUAUGGAAAGCAAGAAAUUGGAAACAGUUCAAGAAAGUACAGAUACAACAUACAGAGAUAGUGAGUACAAUCAUCCGUGAAAUUGUGGAGAGGAUAGAGAUGUAUAAGUAUACAAAGAAAGCAAAUAGAUGUAGAAAUUUUUGGCAAAAGUUAUGUAAUUAG